AUGUAUGUUGUUUCACUUAAAAUAUAUAUUUACAUAUACGUAUAUAUUUUUAAAAGAAUGCGUGUGUCCCGUCAUCUCGUCGUCACACGUAGCCACCGGCUCGUGGACAUGCGAGUGAAAACGGGUGCGGAUGAGCAUGCAUGUGCGGUUGUGCGCGCGGGCGCGACUGCGUAUGAAUGUUUGCGACCGCCUGAACAUGUUCGCAAAUGUGUGUCCGGUGCCGGCGCACAUUUGUGUGAUAUGAUCAUGGGUGAUGGUGCGCGAGCAAAAGCAUUCAUCCAGCAACAUGUAUGGUGCGUCGGUGGAAAUACCGAGUUCCUCCAAGGGAACGUGAGCAGGGUCUCAUGUUUUUUGAGGAAACCGGCCCGCCGGCGCCCGCGCUCCGGCGGGUGCACACUCGCAUCAUGGGAUCACGCUUUAGUGUGCGUUUUUGAAUAUGCCUGCCACAACCCCGAUCCAGUAGUUUUGUCUUUUCCUAAGCGUUGUAGCGUGCGCGGGGCGGGUCCCGUCAUAUACACGAGGACGUGCGCCUUCGCGGAUGGAAAUGGGUGGGGGUUUUGUGUGUGUCGUUUCCUUUAG